CUCUGUGGACCACGCAAAGCCACCUGCCAAUUUGUUACCCUCGAUGUCUGAACAACCGUUGUCAGCAGCAUCAGCUCAAUCAUUGUCGACGCGUGAUUCGAGCGUCCGGCACCUGCCAGCUGUAACAGCAGAAAGUCAUCUCGAAGCUGUCACCAUUUUCCGAAGCCAGGAUCAGGCCACAUACCCAUCGUGAUACCAUCGACAUCUAGAGAUUCACUGCGAAUGCGCGAACCAUUAUGGCGUCAACAGUCACACCGACCACCCAGCAGCAAAGACGCGAAUCUCGCUUGACGCUCACCGAAUUGCUGUCGACUUCCCGAGCAGUCCUCACCCAUCCAUCCCCCCACUAUCAUUUCGCCUUGAACUGCGUCUGGGACAAUCCACAUACCUUCCUAGAUCCCUGGAUUGACCAGCGAGUCUCCGAGAACAACUUCAUCGGCUUAGUGGGUUCCCUAAUCGCCGCCACGGGCGCCUCACUACUGUCCAACCCUGCUCUCUCAGACGUCUCGUGGGUCGCCACCGCUGCUAUCUACAUCGCCCUCCUGUUCAGCAUCAUCAGCGUGGUCACGGCGCUCCAUCAGACGAUCCACAUCAGCACGGCGUCGAAAUUCGAGAAUGACGCUGAAGGUAAACUCAGGCGGCUGUUCGUGUUGACAGAGGCGUCCAAGACUGCGCUCCUCGACCAGACACCGCCACCCCCUAAUCCUACCGCUGUUGCCGUCGACAAGAUCCGAAGGGAGAAGGAGAACCGCAUAGCUUUCAUCUUCGGCUUGCCUCAAUUACUGCUGUCGUAUUCGAUCUUUGCGUUGUUCGUCGGCGUCGCGUUAUUGGGCAUGAAUGCACUCUGGCACAGAUCUGGGGAGGAUCACUGGGGGGAUCCCCAGAAGAUUGCAGUCGCCGUUGUCGUGGGUAUCUUCCUCACCAUCGUGGCGUUUGUGCUGUCGAUCAUUUCGCAGUAUCACGAAUCGUGA